CAGGAAAAGAAGUUUCACGUUACGGCUGGUUUCGUUGAAGCCGAAGAAAGAACCGGUCGGAGGAGGUGAACAGGUUCGGGUCUCGGUUGUCGUUUGGUUGGGUGAGCUGCUGUGACGUAGCACCACACACACACACACACCGAUUGCUGCUGCUGCUGCUACGCCAGCCUGGAUCGCUCAAUGUGGGGAAAUGACCGCGAGUGACCUCAAAGAAAACACUGGACUGUAGCGCUGCUCUCGUUUUUUUACUGUGCACACAUUGGGUCAUAAAUAUGUUUGGAUUUUAGCUUAAUAUUUUCAGAGGGAAUCUUACAUUUUUACCUGGUAAUAUCCAGGCGUGUCGUAAGCCUCUUGUCGGGUUCUUUCAUCGCUAAGAGGCGGCUAACACUAGCGGCUAACUACGCUAAGCUAACAACAGUCAAGUGUGCCAUUAUUUACAAGUGGAUGCUAAACCUAGCGGCUAAAUAGGUUAAGCUAAGCUAACAAAGACCGGGUUGUCAUUGCUCCAGAGAGGCUAACGUUAGCGGCUAACCAAGCUAGGCGAAGUCGGGGUGUCAUAGGAGGCCGCCGGGGCACUGUGCACUCAGCCUCCCGCAGAUGCUGAACUAAUUCAGCCGGGGCCAGCAGCUGCCAUGGAUAAUGCAGAGUCAAUGGUGGACAAGAAAGGAGAGUCGGGAACUUUUCAUGUCAAUAACGGGAUCAACGGACACGUUGCGAAUGGAGGGAGUUGUAGCUGUUGCUGUUGCGGCGGCGGCGGCAGUUCGAGCACGGGACCCGGCAACUGCUGCAGCGGUGUAGGCGGAGGCAGCGCGUUUGACAGCGUGCAACAUCUGCACCACCACCACCACCACCUCGGCGGUGGCGGUGACGACGCGGAAUGCAACGGGUCACCGGCUAAGAGGUGCAGGCUGCGGAGGAGGACCGAGUCAGUGAGGCGGAGCAGACCCCCCUUCCCCUGGUUUGGCAUGGACAUUGGAGGCACCUUGGUGAAGCUCGUGUACUUUGAGCCCGUCGAUAUAACGGCCGAGGAAGAACAGGAAGAAGUAGAAAACCUCAAGUCCAUCCGCCGCUACCUCACCUCUAACGUGGCCUACGGUAAGACGGGCGUCCGUGACGUCCACCUGGAGCUGAGGAACAUGACCAUGUGUGGCCGCACGGGCAACCUGCACUUCAUCCGCUUCCCAACGCAGGCCAUGCCGCUCUUUAUCCAGAUGGGACGGGACAAGAACUUCUCCAGCCUGCACACCACCCUCUGUGCCACCGGGGGCGGGGCGUACAAGUUUGAGAAUGACUUCCGAACAAUGGCCGACCUGGAGCUGCUGAAGCUGGACGAGCUGGACUGCCUGAUCCGUGGGCUGCUCUUUGUGGACCGGAUGGGCUUCAACGGACGCACCGAGGGCUACUACUUCCAGAAUCCGUCGGACACUGAGAGCUGCGUGAAGAAACCCUGCACUCUGGACAACCCUUUCCCUAUGCUGCUGGUCAACAUUGGCUCCGGGGUCUCCAUACUGGCCGUGUACUCGCAGAGUGACUACAAACGAGUGACUGGGACCAGUCUCGGAGGCGGGACAUUCCUGGGUCUGUGCUGUCUGCUGACGGGCUGCGAGACGUUCGAGGAGGCGUUGGAAAUGGCCAGCAAGGGCGACUCCACCAACGUGGACAAGCUGGUGAGAGACAUCUACGGGGGAGACUACGAGCGCUUCGGCCUGCAGGGCUGCGCCGUGGCGUCCAGUUUUGGUCACAUGAUGUGCAAAGAGAAGCGAGACAGCAUCAGCAAAGAAGACCUGGCCCGAGCCAUGCUGGUCACCAUCACCAACAACAUAGGAUCCAUAGCACGGAUGUGUGCCGUCAAUGAGAAAAUUGAACGUGUUGUGUUUGUGGGGAACUUCCUUCGUAUCAACACUGUGUCCACCAAACUGCUGGCCUACGCCAUGGACUUCUGGUCCAAAGGACAACUGAGAGCCCUCUUCCUGGAACACGAGGGUUAUUUCGGAGCAGUGGGGGCGCUAAUGGAACUGCUCAAGACGUCAGACGACCUGUGAAGGAAACCCAGUGACGUGAUGUCACCGCCCCGGAAGAUGUGAUGUCAUCGACUCCUGACAAUUUCUACGCUGCUGAAAGGUCUCGUCGUCCGAGGCCUCUAAAGAGACACUUAGAGAGGAAGUGGAAAAAAAAAAAAAAAAAGAAGCCAUUUUAAUAAUUUAACACCUUGUGUAAAUAGUGAUUACCUCUAACAUUUAUUGUCUAAAUGCCCCACAUAGACCCAGAGGUUUUAAUAUUGUACAUUUUUAAUUUAUGCUUUUAUUAUUUUGUUGUUUUUGUUACUGUACGUGUGUGUGUGUGUGCGCAUGUGUGUGUGUCAUAACUACUGUAGCAUUAUGUCCUCGUGCAACACUUCUCUGAGUGAGUGUCUGUGCAACAAAGGAAGUUACUCCUGAGUAACAGGGCAUUUAUUUUAUUUUUUUAUUUUUCUUUAUUUAUUUUUUUUAUUUUUAUUUUCAUUUUUUUAACCAACAGGGACACACGUGCACGAGUGGAGGUGUGGCCGGAGGAAUGCACAAAAACAGAGACGUUUCCGCUCGUUUAGUUUUUUUCUUUGUAACGUGCACUGAAGCCAAAACCAGAGGAGAUUUUUUUUUAGAGAUUGAGUUUUGAAUCGCUGUCGCUGCGUCAACGUCCGCUUUUCAUUCACAACACUAUCUGUAAACAUUUAAAACAGAACACCAGUGACACCACGACGAACGACAUACUGAGACGCUGUAGGGACCACGGCGAUGUCUUCCAACUGUAGACUCUGUAUGAAGCGGACGUCGUCCUCAUGGUCGAGGAACACAUUCCUGUUUUGAAUCCUUGACUUUUUUCCUCUUGCUUGUUCCAACCAACCUCCUCCUGGAUCGUACCAACAACACUAAUGUGCCAUAAUCACACACUGUAAUAAAAAAAGAAAUGGACGUGAGGGAAAAGCUUGAUAAAAAUUUCCACCGUUGCUUUUUGGAAUUGAUGCAACCUGAGA